UUUAGUUUCUUGAGACAAUUUCUUUAUGCUGUUGCGGGACUUCUAUAAUUACACUGUACACAGGAAGAAUUUCCGCAAAUGCUGCUGUUGGAUGCGGUCGGAUUUAUGGCUAUUGCUGCUGGCAUAGCACAAGCUACCGGCAAGCAGCAUUUACCAACUCCUGUUUGUACGUCUGAUCUUUGCCAACGAGUUGCCAAUGACAUCGUCUCCAACAUGGAUGAAACCGUCGAUCCUUGUGUGGAUUUCUACACUCACGCCUGUGGCCGCUGGAAUGUCAGCGGUCCGGAUGACUAUGGUCAGUACGGUAUCGUCAGGGCCAAGAUUGCCGCUCAGCUUCAAGAAACAUCUACAGUAACUAGCCGAUCAACAAAAUUGAUGGAACUCAAACAUAUAAAAUACCGAAAUGCGGCACGUAGUUCGUGUACUGCAGCAGCAUGGAUCGUAAACACUGCUCACUGAAUGGAACAAUUUACGAACUGGAAUAUGGAACUCAGUUAUUUGAAAGUAGUAAUUAUACCAAUCCCACUGAAGAGAAGGCCAUAAAUAUCUACAACCAAUGCAUCCAUCAAGAACAUGGUAAAAAUCAAGAAUCCAAAGACCGAAUUAUUUUGGGCACGGUCGACGACCUGUUAGACGGAUGGUCGCCCAUGAACCCCCAUCGAAAUGUGUCCGUGUUUCCUUUGGAUGAAACUCUAAUCCGUCUACAGCAAAAUGACGUUGAUACCGUCGGCGAUCUGCACGUGGACGAAAACACGUUGUCUAGCGACGAGAACAUUCUUUACUUCAGGGUGCCUUUCCGUCUCCUUGAGCGCGCCGCACAGUGGGGAACUAGUGCGCUAGACAAUACCCAGCUCAGUGAGUUGGAAAAUCCGGUAGGCUCCUGGAGGACGAUAGUGCAGCGUUUACUUCGUGCUGCCAAUACGAGUGUCCCAUGGUCCACUGUGGAAAACCGGAUGAAGAAAGUUAUUCAGUUGGAUACGGUCCUGGCGGAGGGUUACACAGGAGAUUACGAUACCGGGAAGCGUAUAACAUUCGGCGACCUUUCCCGAGCUCCGUAUCGUUCGCGGUUUCUCACCAAUUUUCUGUCACUUUUUAACGCCCUGCUCCGAGCAUCUUCGGUAAAGUUCCAAGCCACAGCGACCACGAAGUUUGGCGCCAUAACAACAUCGUAUCUCCUUAAUCUGGACAAGACGAUGACGCAGCUGGAAUCGAACGGAGACGCCGGGCGGGCGACCCUGGCGGACUGGCUGUGGUGGAAUGCCGUCGACCAUUACCUCAAUCGAAGGACGAACAACUGCGUCUGGCUGGUAAAGGGAGCCAUGCCGCUAACCGUCUCCGGAAUGUUUUUUAAGACGUACAUACCAGACCAAGCCUUGCAAAAGGCAAAAGCGCUGACAUCCGACAUUUCCAACGGGGUUCGCGACGCGGUCCUGCUGAAAGCGGCCUGGAUGGACCAGGCCACCCAGGAAGCCGCGGUGGACAAGCUGAACCAUACAUUGCGGAUGGUCGGUUAUCCAGAAGAGUUCGUACGAAAUUCGACUCUCCUCGAUGAGCUUUAUGCAAAGAUUCAAGUGAAACCAUCAUUCUCCGACACAUUGAGCACCAUCGAUCAGAGCAAGAGUUGGAUCAACCUGCAAAAACUCUCGCUGAUCAAUGCCCGCGACAAUCCGUUCGAUCCGACCGACCUGACCAGCGCCAACGCCGCGAUGGAAGCGGACCGUAAUUACAUUGUUAUUCGGGCGGCCCUCUUACAGCCACCCUUCUUCUAUGCGGAUGGCAUGGACAUCAUCAGUUACGCCCGCCUGGGUUUUGUCAUUGGCCACGAAUUCACCCAUGGCUUCGAUAUCGGAGGGAAAGAUUACGGGAAAGACGGCAAACCGUUUACCUGGUGGACGAAUACGACGCAGACAAACUACAGUGCGAGAAAGUACUCCUUAGUGGAUUUCUACAACAAUAUCAGCACGCCAAACAACAGCGUGAACGGACGACUAACUCUCAACGAGAACAUUGCUGACAACGGCGGAUACCGAGCCGCUUAUUUGGCUUUUCAUAACUUUAUGCGUCGCACGGGAUACCGUAUCAAACUUCCGGGGUUAGAGGACCUGAAUGAAGACAAGCUGUUCUGGUUAAUCGCUGCGCAGACAUCCUGCACGCGCUCUCCAUUCUCUGGGGACAGCUCGCACGCUCCCCUCCGUUUCCGUGUGAUGGGGCCUUUCAUGAACAACGCGGAUUUCGGCAAAGCGUACAACUGUUCACUAGGAUCACCGAUGAACCCGCGGGUUAAAGCGUGGUAAAGAUACUUAUGCCUGGCACACGUGAAUAAUUAGCAUUGUUACGCUAUAAACGCCGAUGAAAUCUGAUGCUUAUUCUGGUAAUG